GCGGAGCUUCCUUAAGGCAACCAUUCUCCCAUCUUGCCUUCUUCUUUCUCUCCCCUGACCUUUUCUCCUUCAGAUUCCUAACCACUCUCCUCUCUCUCUUAUUGCCAUUGCGGCUGGCCGCUUUUUGUUCCGUUUUCAGCUGGUCGCGUGAAGCUUCACCGAUCACAUUUGUUUGCCCCGCAAGAGGCUUCACUGACCGCCAAGAUUCCAUCAACUUUUCUUGUCUCACUUCUUUAGGCCACGUUUGAGGGUUUUCAAGAAAAACUGAAAUAUUUUCAGGCCAUCCACGAUGUUCGGAAUCAUUGCGGAUCUGUUGUCCUCGGUCGUUACGAUCCUUUUCCCGAUCUUCGCUUCUUUCAAAGCCCUCCGCUCGUCUCAUCCCUCUCAGUUGGCGCCAUGGCUGAUGUACUGGGUGGUCCUGUCGGCCAUCUUAAUGGCUGAGUCCUGGACGGUUUGGAUUCUGGGAUGGAUUCCAUUCUAUAGCUGGAUCCGUCUUUUCUUCUUUUCCUACCUCGUCCUUCCCCAGACCCAGGGCGCCCAGAUUCUAUACCAGACUUACGUUGAUCCGUUCUUGGCCCAACACGAGCGAGCGAUCGAGGAGUUUAUCGGUCGCUCUCAUGAGCGUGCCAAGGCUCUGGGGCUCCAGUACUUUUACCAGGCGCUGGAUUGGAUACGCGAAAACGUCUUUCACCUGCCCGCUCAACAGGCUGCAGCUGCGCCGCCUCCGGCAACGGGCCCGGCUGCGUACGCUCAGUCUCUUCUUUCUCGUUUCAACAUCCCUACCGCUGCGGGAGGCAAUGCAAGCGCCCCAUCUCAGGGUACCGACUGGCUGUCGGCCAUUGGCUCUGCCGUGUCCUCCAUGGCCUCCACGGGCAAAACCCCCGAGGCCCGUGCGGAGGAACUCUCGGCCAGCGGCUCCUUCUUGCCCCGUGAAGUGGCCAGUAUGUCCCGUGAUGACAAAGCCAAGUACCUCGCGAACCAGCGGGACAUGUUGGAAGUGAUGCGCAACGCGUUGGCGAAAGAGGAGCAAAACCUGCACGGACGGGAUGACGAUCUCGCGUAUGGCUCCUCCCUGAGGAAGAACCGUAGCGACAACUCGUUUGACCAUAUCCAACCCGAGGAUAUUCGUGAUCGGUCUCCGGCAGGAGCAGGUCAGCCCAACUGGGCUUCUGGGGUAGACUUUGCGGCGCGCGCAGCGGAGGAACAUGCUCGCUCCCGCGGCUCCCAUUGAACGCUCUUGUUCUCUUUCGGCCUUUUUUUUUUUUUUGUCUUUCUUUCUCGCCUUCGUCUUUCUCUCCCCAAAAAAUGGAAUGAAUGCUCAUAUGCAAGAUAGACAGUCACAGCAAUUAGAAGGGAAAUCUAACUGGUUGAGUAAAUCGUUGUCUGACUGCGGAUUCGCCUUGCCGCAGUCAAUCAG